AGGGCGCACCAGAACGACUUCCGGUUCAAGAGAGGAUCGAGCGCAGGACCGAGGAAAUAUCCUUUAUGGGAAAUAUCAAAUAAGACACUUGUGAGUUCUCUUUUCACAUCCAUGCUUGUGAGAUGGCUCGGCAAACCAGAACCACGUGAGCACAUGCAGCCAGCCUGCAGUACACGGUUUGAUCACAGUGUGGCAGCACAUGUGCACACAUGUAAUCUUACGCAAGCUAUUACCAAACGCUGAAGGCGACUUCCAUAAUACGAUGCAGCCUCUCUUCAUGUUGCUCUCGUCUCACUGAAGGAAGGGGCUGUCACAUCAGACAACGAUGAAGUCCAUCGCUUGUUUCUCAUCUUCUGUGAGAGCGGCACGUCAGCACACCUCAGCUUGUGUUCCUCUGAAUUGGGCUCCAAUUCUCUGCAGCCCAAUCGGCAGAUGCUCUAAUGUGGAUUUUGCCAGCAAAACUGUAGUUGCGCAACAACCGUGCGUAACCGGAGUGCGUACUUUUCAUAAUACGCUCGUAAAUGCAGUAGCGUUCCAGCAGCAGGUUUGUGAAGCACCUCUCCUCAGCCCGGUGCCUAUUCCAGGGAGAGAAGAGGAUACACUGUACCCGAUUGGCAGACGCAUGCCACCUAAUACAGCUGCAAUACCAGCCCCACAGCUCUCUCCAUACAGCCCAUACAUCAAACCACAGAGUAAUGCAGCUGCACUGGUCACCAUCCAGUCCCUGCUUGAAGGGGACGUGAUCCCCGACCUGUGCUCCAGGCUGGCAGGCUUCCCCAACAGUGACAGGGCAGAGGGACUGGCCACUUUACUUGGAGCAUGUGUUGAAUUUGGCCUGAAGGCCCACAGCCCUCUAGUCCUCAGCCUGAUAAAUGAGUGCCUGGAGCUCCUCUCCACCAGGGACAUCGGGAUGGCACAGCUCUGCCACCUGGGUGAGGUGGCAUACGUCCUGGAAGGCAGCCAGUCAGCCAUGGCGGCAGAGGUCCUGGACUCGAUAGGAGUUGCUUUAGAAGAGGACGUUGUCUCUCCCAGUGAGGCGGUCAGAAUCUACUCCCUGCUGGUUCUGUGUCACAUUCCUGCCAGCCAGCGACAGAAAAUCGUGCUGAACACUUUGCACAGACGCACAGAGAGGCUGGCGCACCGGCUGAAACCCAGUCAAGUCAGCGAUAUACUGCAGUCCCUGUUGAAAUUACAGCAGAGACGGGCCACUCCCCCGGUGCCGAAGCUGUGCCACAGAGCAUCACGGCUCUUAAAAGAUUUUAGUGAUGAUGAAGUUGUUGAGGUGCUCUCUGUGCUGAUGAUCCUGGGACAGCAUGAUGAAGAGCUCCUGGCUGCUAUGGAGAAACAUCUACCAGGGAGGCUGGAGAAGAGCUCUCCGGAGCUGAUCAGCACCGUCAUGGAGUACUGUCUGCAAAUGAGAUGCCGCUCUGAGCCCAUCUUCGAGGCUGUGGCUGAACACUUUGUAUGCCAUGCUGAGAGGCACAGCACGCUUCAGAUAGCCAAACAGAUUGUUGCCAUGGGGAGACUCAACUAUCUGCCGCAGUGCUCCAGUGAGAUGUUUAAAAAGCUGGAGAGCAUUUUGUCAACAAGGUUUUCCCAGUUCCAGCCUCGCUCCCUGAUAGAGGUGUUGCACGCCUGCAUCCACCUGGAACGCUUCCCCAUGAACUACACGUCCAAAGUCUUCAGCACGCACUUCCUCCAGAGGCUACAAGAACAGGGCGAGUCAUUGGACAAGAAUGCAGUGAGACAACUGGCCCAGCUUCAUCUCGCUACCUCAUUAGAGUGCACUUACACGGGUCCCAGACUGCCCAGAUUCCUCCAUGUGAAGACGUUUUCCUCUUUUGACCAGGCCUUUGAGACACCUAUGGAGAUUCUCCUCUACAAACGGGUCGAGGUGCCGCUUACACAGCUGCUGGGGGAAAACUUUUACUCCACAAGAAUCUUUACUCACUGUGGAUACACAGUAGAUGUGGAGAUAUGCCUGGAUGAGGAUGGAUAUGUUCUGCCUCUGUCUCAGUGGGAUCACACUUACAGGAGGAUGGCACUGUGUUUGGAUGGUCAAAACCGUUUCUGUAGCAACACGCAUCACCUGCUGGGGAAGGAAGCCACUAAAAGGAGACACCUCCGCAGGAUGGGCUAUGAGGUGGUGCAGAUCCCUUACUUUGAAUUUGACAAGCUGACUACUCUGGAGGAAAAGGUUCAAUAUCUUCAAAACAAGAUCUUUCCCACCAUCUUCAAGUUCCAUCACUGAUCUUAUUCCUCUAACAAGUUCAACCAAAGAUGCCACAGUGACUUGUAUGUGAUGGACUUGGUUGAUCCUUGCGCUGCUGUACAAAUGAACCAAUCUUCCAAUGUACUGCAUGGACAUUAAGCUGAGUGAUGCACGCCAGGUGGCAUGACAGAACAUAGAAACACUUUUGUCUGUGAUAUUCAGCUUCAGCAUAUCUUAAUAGAAGGAUACCAAUGUCUUGAAAUAAGGCACAAUAAAACAUUUCAAGAGCCAUCAUGUGGAAGUCUUAGCAGCUGAAAUACUACAUCCCUGGACAUUUGUGUGACUAUAUAUAUAUAUAUAUAUAUAUAUCUUAUAUAUGCACCUUAUGACCUGACUUUAGCACAGUUUAAUGGCUAUUAUUACAAUGACUGCCACGGAUUUCGAGGAGCAACAUCUUAGAAAGAUAUUUGACAUGUUUGUAUUCUGCUGUUGAAUGGACAUGAUAGUGACUUGAAUACAAAACAUAAUGUGAAAAAGAAUGCAGAUUGGAGCAGUGCUGUGCCAUUGCUACCUGCUUUUCUUUGGGGUAUGGAAAACAUGUGACCUCUUUUACUGGACAAGAUGACUCAGAUGUUUAAAAUAAAAUGUACAUCAGAUGUGUACAUGUGUGACAUGGAAUAUGCUUUUAUUUGAUGUUUGAAGAUAUACCAUAAAUUGCCUUUUAUCCUUUUGA